AAUCGUGAAGAUCAUAUUGAUUUAAUAUCUAGUUCUAAUUCAGGAACACAGUCUCUGAUGUCAUUGCCAGAUCAAAUAACGUCAUCUUUAAAAGUUCCAGAUAUUGGGUCAGAUAUCCAUCAUAAAGAGUCUUUAAAUAAUGUGAUGGCGUCACAUCCCAUGAAAAUGACUUUUAAAAGUGAAGUUAUGUGCGAAAGUGCAUAUUCUGAAUUACCUCCAAUUUCAAAUGAUUUCAAUGCAGAUCAUAUGUUUCAUCUCGGGAUUGACGUUGCAUGUGACUUUCCUGACUUACCUGAUGUCUCAGUAGAUGAAAUGUCAGAAUACAUUCCACUUGACUCAAUAUACUGCCUGUUCGGGGAAAGCAAAGGUAAUGAAGAAAACUCUAUACACGAACAACUAGAUCUACCAGAGAACAUACAGCAGCACUUCCUGGAAUUGGCAAACCUUGGUAAUUCACCUAAUAAUUCUCUCGCAGAUAUUGCCGACCAGGAAGCGUGUUUG